AUGGGGCGGAGGAGGAAGACGCUGCACGACUACGCGGCCGAGUUCUCGGAGCUGUCGGUGCGGCGGGAGCCGGCGGGGCCGAGCCCGGCGGGCUCCGUGGAGACGCUGUUCUGCAUCCCGUGCCAGCUGCCCCUGAGGGUGCGCCGAGACCGCAUCUUGGAGCACCUCAGCUCGGGCCGCCACUGCCGCAACCGCCGCCUGCUCCGGCAGCUGGGGCUGCGCUCCCCGGGGCUCCGCUCUGCAGGUCCUGACUCCAGCCUGAGCCUGCCCCUGCCACUCGACGUGCCUUCCCUGCUCUCCCAUCCCUCCUUCCUCAUCACCACUGGAUCCAGCACCGGCUACAGCAUGGUCCCCUCUCCACUAUCCUACCACAAGCUGCUGCUUCCCCACCACCCCAUCCCCGCUGCUCACAGGGAUGACCCAACGCCCUCCACUAGCCAGCCCUCACCGCUGGCCACCGGGAUUGCACCUCUUGGCCAAAGUGGGCCUGCACCUGAUGCCUCCAGCAGCCCGACACCCUCCUCAUCUCACCGUGGCAGCAGCGUCAGCCUCGUGCUCUUCGGCACAGGGCUUGUGAGCAAAGCCUUGUUGCAAAGCCUGCGGGAGGAAACGGGUUGCUGCCUGCUGUACGUGGUGGAGGAUCAGCCAGAGGAGCUGGAGCGUGCCUUUGGCAGCGAGGUCCCGGCUGGCACCAAGGUGCUGCAGCAGCAGGAUGCUGCCAUUGCACUCAGCGAUCCACGAGUCUCUGGAGCCAUUAUUUGUUCCCCACCUGCUGAAGCCCCAGAGAUGGUAAGAGGUGCCUUACGUGCAGGUAAAGGUGUGUUCUGUGAGGGGCUGCCCAGCUUGGACAGACAGACAGCAGAGACCUGUUUUGAUGAGGCCGACCGGUCUGGGAGGCCACUCGUGUGUGGGUUCUACAAGCGCUUUGACCCAGCCCUGCAGUUCUUGUACAAGAAGGUGCGGGACAGCCAGGCCCUGGGCAGGAUCCAUCGGAUAUCAACCAUCAGCAGCCUCUAUCCAGCAGCCUCUCUGAGCCUGCUGAAAGCCUCAGGUGGAAUUUUUUACAAUGCUGCUGUGCAUGACAUAGAUAUUAUCACUUUGUUGUUGGGAGAGAGUGUGCCAGAUACAAUAUUUUCCCUGGGCCAUGCCUUCUGUGCAGACAUGGGCUUCCUGGGGGACGUGGACACGGUCGCCAUCAGCAUGAAGUUCCCUGGUGGGGCCAUUGUCACUCUGGAUGUCAGCCAGCACUGCACCAGGAGCUGUGACCAGCGGCUGGAGGUUCAUGGGUCUCAAGGGACAUUAAGGGUGGAUAACCAGAACCCCCUGGGCAUCACAGAGCACGGGACUUCUGUGUCCAUCUGUCCCCAGACCCAAGCUGAACGCUACAGAGAUGCAUACAGAGAGCUCCUCCGGCACUUCCUGAGAACCCUGACAGGCCAGGAGCUUCCCGUGGUCACCAAGGAGCAGUUCCUCUGGACAAUCCAGGUCGCUGCAGCAGCUGAGCAGUCCUGGAGGAAUGGAUCUGCUGUAGAUUUGCACAGCAGUGCCACGGAUCCGGCUGGAGCCAAGACUGAGCUUGUGUGACAACCACUCAUCUGGGACAUGGGGAGGACUUCCCAGCCAGUGGCCUCAACAGAAGCCUGGAUGGCAGUUUUGGUGUUCCCACUGGGAAUGCCAAGCAGACAGAGGCACUUCUGAACCAGGAGCACUUGGGGCAGUGCAGGGUUCCUACCACGUCAGCCAGAGCCUGCAAGAAAUUCUGUGUGGUUUAAUCCAGGAGGCUUUUCCUCCUGGAGAGUGCUGCUGACCACGGAGCACUGUUUUCCUGGGAAAGGAGUGAUGCUCUUCAGGCCAGGCAGGGUGGUGUAGGACCAGCAGUAGCUGGGAUGAAGGAGAAGUCUCCCCUUGGAGAGGGAACAGCCACUGCCUGCCUGGAGGAGAAGUCACAAGGGGGUGCCUUCUCAGCAGUGCCACAAGUGAGGUGAUGUAAUGCUCAAAAAACCACAGGAGCAUCUGGUCUGUGAGUAUGUUAAGAUUGAAUAUAUGGAAGAAACUCUUCCCUUUGUGGGUGGUGAGGGACUAGAAUGGAUAUCCCAGAGAAGCUGUGGCUGCCCUAUCCCUGGAAGUGUUCAAGGCCAGGUUGGACAGGGCUUGGGAUAUUGGAAUGUUUUCCUGCCCAUGGCAGGGGAUGAGAUGGGAUGAGCUUUAAGAUUCCUUACAAACAAACCAGUCUGGGAUUCUGUGAUCCCGUUUGGGACACAGACCCCAGCAGAAGGCAGAGGCACAGGCCAGUCAGUGUGUCUUGCAGGAGCUUUGGACCUUUGUCAUGUGUGGAGCUCUCUGCAGGUGUGUGGUUCUGACUGUUCCUUUCUGGCUGUCACAUGCCAGUCUUCAAGAUCUUUUGAAACCUGUUUUAUCUUGUAUUUUUAUUGAAUUACAACAACAUUCUUGACUUCUUCCAUUUCAAGGCAUUAGUUUAUAAACUUCUUGCAAGAACCUUUAGUUCAAUCAAUUUCCAGUUCCUACCUAUGGAAUAUAUACUACUGAAGCUAGAAGUAGUGGUGGCAUUUGUGUUCUGUCUGGGAAAUUGUUUUUAACGGUGUAAUUUUUCAUGCUCAGAAGAACUGUGUCUUAAUGCUUGUCCUCCAUUUCAUUCACUAUUUUUUAGCCAUUUAUUGAGAAAAAAAAAAAGUUUUGUGUAUCCAGGA